AUGCACUUUUCCCAACAGCAGCACCACCAUCAACAUCAUCAGCAACAGCACCACCGCCAGCAACAAUCCAAUUUGACGAAUUCGCAUAGACAUCAGCAUCAGCAAUACCAUUCCCAUCUUCAUCUAUCUCAUCACCACAACACGCAGCAAGGUAUUCAUCAUCAACAGCAGCAGCAGCAACAGCAACAGCAACAACAUAACAUGCGACACUACAAUAACUCACACUUACAGCAACAUCAGUUACACCAGCAACAGCAGCAGCAACAACAACAGUUGCUGCUCCAGCAACAAUACCAGCAGCACCAGCAGCAACAUCCUACGCAACUGGCGCCACCGAUAACACACCACAACAGCUAUCAUCAACACAGUCACCUGCUACAUCGACAACAGAACCAAUCUCAGCAACAACCACCACAUCCCUACACCAUGGAAGCACUGCUCAAUUAA